AAAGGCAAUUCAAUCUGAAUCCCUAUAUCUUCAUACAUUUCUCAGAUCGUGACCUUCAGUUAUCAUUCAAAAUGCAGGGUCACUAUUCCUACUCCGGAGCCAACCCCUACGUCCACCGUCUGGCUUACGAGGACGGCGUCCGCAACCACACCUAUCAACCACGCCCCGAAGACCACCCCGCUCUUCGAUCAGACCUAGACAGUAGAACUGGCUCACUGUCCAGCCAGGAGACUGUUACCAUUGAGCACAAACGCGGGCCCGUAGCCCGGUACUUCCUGGCCGAGAUCAAUCCUCACCGGACCUACUUGCUCUUAAUCAUCUGCAGCUUUAUAGCCGGUCUGGUAGACGCGCUGUCCUACAACGCGUGGAGCACAUUUACCGGAAUGCAAACAGGAAACACCGUCUUCAUGGCCCUAGGCGCCUCCAACCAACCCUCCUACCCAGACUACCUUUGGGCCAAAGCCCUCAUCGCCUUCGGCGUUUACCUCCUCAGCAACUUCUUCUUCUCCUACAUCGCCCGCGCCCUCACCCCCCUCCGCCGAACAACCAUGCUCCUAAAUUUCGGCCUCCAAACCCUAGCCCUGUUCAUCGCCGCCCUCCUCGUCGAACUGGAGGUUAUCCUCCCCAGACCCGAAGAAUACACAGCUCCCAUACAAUGGACACAGGUCCUUGCCAUUGCUCUCCUCGCCUUCUCGCAAGCGGGACAGAUUAGCGCUUCUCGUAUUCUGGGCUACAACGAAGUCCCCACACUCUCUGUGACUACCAUUCUCGCUGAUAUGCUUGCCGACCCGCACUUGUUUGAGUUGCAUAACCCGAAGCGGAACCGCAGGCUUGCGGGGUUUAUUGCUUCUUUUAUGGGAGCUAUGACUUCGGGUUUUUUGUCUAGGGAGACGGAGAUGGUGGCUUGUUUGUGGUUGGCUAUGGCGUUGAAGGUUAUUGUUACGCUUUGCUUUUUCGUGUGGAGGGAUGACCGCGAGGCUGAGAAGAAAGACUUGGAGGGUCAGUGAUUUGUUGCUUGGGCUGAGUGUUUUAUUGAGUGCUUUGCGUGUUUAUUAGCGUGGAGUAUACCGGUUGCGAUAGAUGGUAUUUCCCUUUCUUACUUUUGAUUCCCUGUUAUGCUUCCUUUUGUUUGCUUUCUGCUGUUGUUAUUUUGACUUUGCUUUCAGUGUGCAGAUGCUUGUAGAAUAUGCUGUCUUUGUUAUCACUCACUAGAACUCAAUUAAACUUAUUCUC